AUGUCAGCACCUGCAGCCCAUUCCGCAAUCACGAACACGACCAAGGAGUCGCUGAUGAAUCUCCAUCUUCCCGAUCCUAUGGGGUCCACCGUGGGAGGCGGCUACAUGGCCUACCUUAUGGCUGUCGUAUUUCUAGCCUCGGCCUUUGCGGUCUUGUAUCGCGAUAGAAAGCCUGAGAUGGAUCGCAUGUAUCCGGUAGUCAACACGACCAAGGAAGAGUAUUUCGCUAACGGCAGGGGAAUGGUACAACGCGGAAAGGAGAUGUAUGGGGACAGCCCAUUCCGAGUGUACACGGGGAUGGGUAGCGUGCUCAUUCUUCCACCCAAGUAUGCUUCAGAAAUCAAGAACGACAAUCGCUUCGAUGCGUCCAAGUUCCUGCUACAGUAUUGGCAAGCCGGCAUUCCAGGCUUCGAACCCUACAUAGCACUUGGCAGCGACCUACUCCACGACGUCAUCAAGCUGAACCUCACUCAGAAGGCCGCAGCGGCCCUCGAGGAAAUCCUGACUGACAGUGAGGAAUGGCACGAGAUCGACCUGAACAUGACCAUGCUGCGCAUCACCUCGCAGAGCUAUGCCGGAACCCCCAAGUGGCUCGACAUCACCGUAUCCUACACUGCGAAAGCUACCGGUGCGGCGCGAGUCCUCCGCCAGUACCCUAGAUUCAUGCACAAGGUCGUUCACUGGUUCCUCCGAGACUGCCGGGAUCUCCGCCGCAUGGUAAACGAAGCCCGCCAGACGGUGGCGCCUAUCUUGCAGAAGCGUCGCGAGCAGAAAAAGGCCCAGAACCCGGCGGGUGUCCAGUUCAACGACUCGCUGCAGUGGUAUGAGGACCUGGCCAGCAAGCGCGGCAUUUCAUACGAUGCCGCCACGCAGCAGAUCGGACUCUCGAUCGGGGCCAUCCUCACCAGCACCGACCUUGUUUCUCAGGCCAUGAUGGACCUCUCACGGAAUCCCGAUUCGGUGGAGCCGCUCAAGCAGGAGAUACGGCGGGUGGUCGGAGAUGGCGACUUUAAUCCGACGACAUUGCAUAGCCUCAAGCUCCUGGACAGUGCCUUGAAGGAAACGCUGCGCAUUAAGCCUGUCGCGGUCGUUGGCCUCGGACGCCGCGUGACGGACAACGUGAAGCUGAGCACUGGCGCGGUCCUGCCCAAGGAGUCGGGCAUUGCCGUGUCGGCAGAGAGGAUGUGGGAUGAAAAGGUCUAUCCGGAGCCUCUCAAGUACGACAUCUACCGAUUCUUGCGGGUGCGAGAAAGUGCAGGCGGUGAUGGCAACGCGAGGGAGGAGGCGGCGGCACAGCUGGUCAGCACGUCUGAAGACCACUUCGGCUUUGGUUUAGGCACCCAUUCAUGUCCAGGACGGUUCUUCGGGGCCAACACUGUCAAGCUGGUGAUGACACAUCUGCUCAUGAAGUAUGAAUUCAAGCCAUCUGAUGGCACUGUGGUUGAGCCGCUGAAGUUCGGCUUCUCCAUGCUGGCUAAUCCCUCCACCAAGAUGAUGGUCAGGCGAAGCAAGAAGGAGGCCGGAUGGUGA